AUGGAAGAUCCGGAUGCUGAUACAGAAUGGAAUGAUAUUCUCCGCGAACGUGGUAUUCUGCCAAAGAAAAAUGGACCGACUGAAGAGGAGAUCUUUGAAGCAUUGGACGAGGCGAUUGCAGCGAGAAAUGCUAAACGCUUGGAAGAAAAGUCACUUGAAGAAUUGGAUGAAUUAGAGGACGAGGAGGAUGAUAGAGUGUUAUUGGAAUAUAGGAUCCCAGAGUGUAAAUUAAUGAAUGCUCUUCUAAGCUCAUUAGCCAUGAAGUAUAAAUCAACAAAGUUCCUAAAGAUAAUAGGUGAUGAUUGUAUUCCGGGAUAUCCGGAUAAAAAUCUGCCCACUUUGUUAAUUUAUGGAGAAGGAGACCUUCAACAGCAGAUAGUCGGCAUACAAAGAUUCGGUGGGAUGGGAACAACAAUUAAUGUAUUAGAAGAUUUCCUGGAAUCAGUUGGUGCUAUUGAAAUUUUUAAGCAAAAAGGCUCGAAAGAUGAUUACGAAGAAAAUGCUUCGUCAACACGAAAAUCAAUCUAUAGUAAAAAGCCUGCUACAGCAGCAUUGAGUGAUGACGACGACGAUUCAGACUAA